AUGGCAUUCACAGGGACAUUGGAUAAAUGCAAAGCUUGUGAUAAGACAGUUUACUUUGUUGAUUUGUUAUCUGCUGAUGGAGCUACUUUUCAUAAGUCAUGCUUCAAAUGUAGCCAUUGCAAAGGCACUCUUGUGAUGAGCAACUACUCCUCUAUGGAUGGAGUCCUCUAUUGCAAGACACAUUUCGAACAACUUUUUAAGGAAUCUGGAAAUUUUAGCAAAAACUUUCAGACUUCUUCCAAGUCUGAGAAGGAAAGUUCUCUGGCAAAGGCUCCAAGCAAAGUCUCUGCAAUGUUCUCUGGAACCCAAGACAAAUGUGCUGCUUGCAGCAAAACUGUUUACCCUCUUGAAAAGGUAAUAUUGGAGGGAGAAGCAUUUCACAAAUCAUGCUUCAAGUGUGCUCAUGGAGGUUGUGCCUUAACUCAUGCAACAUAUGCUGCACUUGAUGGAGUCCUUUAUUGCAAGCACCAUUUUGCUCAACUUUUCAUGGAGAAAGGAAGUUACCAACAUGUCCUCAAGGCUACUACUAACAAGAAGAGUGCUGUAACACCUGUUGAUGAUGAUGAUAAUAAUAAUAAUAAUAAUAAUAACAACGACGACAAGCCUGCUAAGGAUGAUAACAAGGCAAAUGAUCAUGACAAGGCAGAUGAGAAGGAACCUAAUGAUGAUAAGGAGCAAUCUUGA